CGAAGCAGAAGCGCGCGAGUCAAGAACGCCGAGCGGAGCAACCUGACCUGGAGAUCGAAGAUCAUAGAAAUGGCCUGGAAGACUUUCACGCUGUUACCCCUGCUACUGGCAGCCACUCUGGCCAAUCCCUUGAUUGGGUCCACAGUGGAGCCCUUAGCCCCACCAGUUCCCAACACCGAGCAGACGCAGAUCAUCAAGGAGGAGCACUUCCCGGCCAUGGCUCCGCCACAGGCCAUCGAGUCCAGCGGUUCCAGUGGCCAACCCAUUUUACUGCAACCUCCUCCAGCUCCACCCAGCGGAGAUGAGGAUGCUCUGCGUCGUCGGACUAUUACGUACGAUCAGCGACAGGAGGGACAGUACAACAUUCGCGCUGAUCUCGAGAACUUCAUGAUCCUGCUCAUCCCACCGGGACCGCAGGAGGGCAUCAGCCUGCUGGAGCUGUUGGGUCGUGGAAACACCAAGGGCAGUGGAGCUCUCAAGCGCAAACAUCCCCUGAGGAGCAACUCCCUGAAGUCCUAUUAUCAGAAGAGUCAUCUGCAGAAGCAGCAGAACCAUCAUCAAUCCUCGCCAGCGUUGGCGCUGCCGGAAUUUAUUGAGGGACGCUCCCCCUAUCACGUGGACAUCUCGGCCAGCGAUCCCGAGCAGGCACAGCGCUUGCAACGCCAACAGGUGGACGUACUGCCUCCCCAAUCGAUUCCCAUGCCGCAGCUGAUCAAGCCCUUUCAUCUGGAGACGGAACCGGAGCUGAUUCAGGCCCUGCCCCCGGUGUCCGCCAGCAGCAGUGCUGGCUCUAAUCUUCUCGAGAGCUAUAACCAUCCAGGAUCGCAGUACUUCCGCAGCUCCCGAUCCCUCAGAGGUGACAGCUACCUGGAUACCAACCGUCUGACUGGCGGAGACUUUGCCAGUCCGCGCUCCAUCAGUGCUCCAAUUUACCGCAGCGAUUUGGGGAGCGGAGCCAGUGGUCUUUACCCUCCCAUCGAUGUGCCCACCUACUUCUCGGAUCAGUCCCGCUCCUGGCAGCUGGACGAGGAGCCCACCCGGCCACAAGCGGUCGAACCGGAGAUCGUAAGCUUCGAUCUGUUGGCCGAUGACGACCUGGCCGAGUCCCGAGCCCUCCUGCGAGACGGUUUGGCCCGCUGUGCCCGCGGGGAGCGGCGGGACAGCUACGGAGCCUGUCGCCAGAUCGAGGGCUACUGAGGAGGAGUGAGAACCGCCAGACUGCCAGCCUAGAUGUUAGUUUUAUACUUUGCACACACUCUAGAAUUAAGCCGACACAAUCGUCUUACCAAUAAAUACAAAAAGUUAAUCGCCACUG